GUGGAAUAACACACUUUCAUUUUUUAGAUUUGAUCUUUACGUGUUUAAUACAUAGCUACCAUAUCCUUUUUGGUCUGCGAUCAUGAUUGAGGAACAGAAUGUUGAUCUGCAUGAGGAUUGCAAAACGCGGAUUAAUAAUCUUAAACGCAUAAGAGCAAAUCUGCACGAAGCAUUACGUGCUCACUUGCCAGACUAUGAGUUGCGCCAUGUGGAAAGGCAAUUGGAAUCAGAUAGAGCCCAAAAUCUUGCCGCGCAGGAUGAAAUAAGGGAUCUGAAGCUUCAACUACAGCGACCAUUGUCUGGAAACUCGAAAACAAAAUGUGAAACGGAUCCAAGCGACAAGAUGACGAAGCUUAUUGAUGAACGGGAUAGCCUUGCAGCCGAAAAAGAGGAAAUGACCAAGCAAUAUGAUCAUUUAAAAAAGGAGUGCGAGACUGCAAAUCAGGGCUUGAUUGUAGCGAAGGAUGCACUCAUCGCAGCAGAACAAAGUGCGAAGGACGAAAAAGGGGAAAUGACCAAUCAAUUUGAUCAAUUAAAAAAGGAGUGCGAGACUGCAAAACAGGACUUGAUUGUAGCGAGGGAUGCACUCAUCGCAGCAGAACAAAGUGCGAAGGACAAGAUAAAUGAAUUUGAUACCAAGGUAGCCGAACUUGCUGAUGUAAAAGAGAAGUUUGCUACGGUUGAAAGGGAAAAAGAGAACAUAUUGAUCGAACUCCAAAGUAAAGAAGCUGCGCUGUCUUUGGCUAUGAUUGCGGAACAGGAAUCCGAGGAUACUGUAAAGCAAUUGCAACAGGAACUUACUAGCACAACCGAGGACCUAAACAGCGCACAGCGCGCACUAUUAGCCGCAACGGGUGCGAAGAACAAUGCGGAGAAAUCAGCGAAGCAAAUGUGUACAGACCUAAAAGCAGAGAAAGAAUUGUGUAUAAACACGAUUCGAGAUGAGAUGGCGAAGGAAAAAGAGGAAACGAUCAAGCAAUUUGAUACCGUGGCAGCCAAACUUGUUGACAAGAACAUUAAAAUAUCGAAAGACCUCGAGAACGCCACCAAUGCAAAACAGAAAUUGCAACGGGAACUCAGCGCUAUUAAGGAAAAGAUGCGCCUAGCUGACGCGAAACGAGACGCUGCGAAGAAAGAACUAUUAGAGUCAACGAAUGCGAAAACUGAGGCGGAGGAAAAAGUGGUGGAACUGAAGGAGGAACUAGAAAAUCUGAAGGAUGAAUUCGCUGCAAAUGCUACAAUCAGUGCUAGAAUCAGGGAGCCUAGCGAAGCCGAACCCUCGGGACUGCUACAACCGAUUCUCCGAGAUAAUGAGCGUCGCUCGUUGUUUUUAGGGUCUCAGGACAAUAAUGACUCAGGGUUCUUCAGUAGCACAGAAUCUAGUACGAAGAGCGAGGAUAAUCUGGACGACUAG